GGGUGGCAUUAGGAUCAACUGAUAUACUCUGGGCUGAGACUGACUCUGUGGCCUGCCUGGACUAACACCAAGCUCAAUUUUUGGUGUAAAUUAUACAAUCUGUUUCUGGUUUUAUGAUCAAUAUCUACACAACUUCUCGACUAAUGAUGCAAAAGUCCUUUGAAGCUUUGGGAUAUUGAUACUCGUCCACUUUCUCAUUUUACCCCUCAGUACUGGGACACCAAUUAAAAACUUUACUAUCUUGCAUUUUUCCAAGCCAAAACUUAGAAAUGAAAGUCUAGUUAUCCUAACUUCAAAGUUUUAGCCCAUUUGGCAUUGCUUUGUAGCUGAUGCUGUUUGUCAUACUGUGGACAUGGCAAAGCUUUAGCUAAUUAAAUGCAAUCCAAGCAUGAAAAUAUACAGUGUUUGACUUAUUUUCUUCUUAUUAUUAUGUUUUUUAAAAGGCACACAAGUUAAAUCAAACUGCAUUCACAACAAUGUGUUGCAGAUUUACUGACGACAAUUCAAGUUGUUUAUUCCUCAAGAGCUGCAACCUGAGACAAAUGCAGUGAGGUCUCAUUUGCAGGGAAAGUGUUUCAUGUGUAGCAUAUUUCGUUACCUAACAUACCAUUUGGUGUUUACACUCAUCCAAAAGGCACAGCACCAGAGUGAAUGAACAGAUUCUUUUUUCCUGGGUGGCCCUUGUGGAUCCGGCUGAGUUGGAGAUUUAGAGAAAAAAGGGUCUGAAUGUAGAUUGGAGGACACGAAGCUUCUCAACAGGACUGCACAGUCAGGUGACAAAUGGUGCCCCAGGCCAGCCGAGUGCCAGAAAUGGCCUCUUAAUCAAUCAGAGGUCAGCGUGGAGGUUCAGAGCAGACUGCCCUCACCCUGAGAGACAGCCAUCUGAUAGAACGCUCAAUGCCAAGACACAGAGCACACAAACCUUUUUUCAACCCUAGUUAGCACACCACCACCGCUGCUGCUGCUAAUGUCAUCUCAUCUGUUCUGAAACCCGGACCACUCACAGAGGAGAUGUCUUUGUCUGUCUUUUUCAUUAUGACUUUAGUGCUGAGUCAAUAGAGCUGUCUUUGAAAUCUUUAAACUCAACUUGACACCUUUUAAUUUUGUAGUUUUUAAUAUUCCAGGCAUGGUCUUACAAACUCACCUUGCUGCACAUUGUGCUGUUCAAGCACUGAACCAAGAUCCAGCAGAACACGGGGGGCAAGUAUAUGACCAUAAAAGUUUAUUAUGCUUUAACUUUUGACUGGGAAAAGUUUGAGUUUUAGUUACAGAGUUGAAAAGUGCUCAGGUCUAUUUCGGGUAAAAAUUAGGAGGUUUAUUCUGAAUAAUGAGCCGAUUUCAGGUAUUUUUGUUGCGUCACUGAAUUUAUGUUCAUAUGGACGCUACAGAAGCUUGGCUUUGUCUUUUUAACAUCUAAUAACACAUGGAAAUUUGAGCGCAGUGUUAGUUCAGGCAGGCCACACAGUCAGGCUCAGCCCAAAGUACAUCAGCUUAUUGUAACGCCAGCCGAUAUCAGUGGACAGCUCAGCCAAUUACCUUCAGUGCAUCCGAUUGGCAAACAUCAAAAAGGUUGAUCUAUUUAAAGUGCUUUAGCCGGCCUGUUCUCCAUGCUUCCUCUUCAAACUGCUUUGCAACCUACUUCCAUCCCAGCUGUCAGAUUUUAUCUGUGUCAUGUAUUGUCUUUGCUGCUGCUCUCCCUGCCUUUGUAUGCACAUAAAAUGGGAGGUUUGGCAUUUUACGUACAUACAUGGAGGGGCAGGGAGCUCUCCGAACAGACCCGUACUUUCAAAUAUAGCUUAUUGCAAUCAAAAUAUAAUUCUUGUGACUGAACUUAACCUGACAGAAAAGGACACAAACAUAUAAUGACAGGAACUUACUGCCACGACAGGCGCAUGUUUUAUCAACUUUAUUAGAUUUUUCUAGUUUGACCAAUAAUACAUCUAUUAUAAUAAGGGAGCUGGGGUUUGUCCUUCCAGAUCAAACUACAGCUGUUUUAAUAAUGCCAUAUGCGUCUAAAGUGGUCCUACAGGUCAGAGGAGAGUUUUUUUUUUCUUUCAACUGAUCCCUGUCAUCGUAGAUGCUAAGCAAAUAGUGUAAUGUGAGUUCCUUACCAAAAAAAUCAUGUGGGGGGUGGGGGCUUAGUAUACCGAGAAAUUGUGUCAUGAGAAGGUGAGUCCUGGCAUUGACGUGGCAAAAUUCUCACAAAAACAGAAAUAUUGCGAAAACAUUUAAAGCUGAAUUCGAUGUGAAAGCCUAACCCAUUGUUUCACAAUCUAAGUCUCUGUAAAAACUUGUUCUUUUCAGCAUGUCAGCGGCUAGACUGGAGGUUGUUGUGUUUCAUAUUCCAGCAGGGAUUUUAAAAACCUGCAAAUAGCACCUAACAGAGAGGGCGAAUGAUUCCUUCUCAAAGAGACAGACAUACCCAAAGUUUAAAUCCUAUAUGAGUCAGACUAUUCGAGACACAUCUCCUAAACUGCUCUGUCAGGUUUUUAAACGUAUAAUUCCUCUGAUUAGCUGGUGGGAAAAGGUGAUGUUGAAACAGAACAUCCAGCCUUGUGGUUAACUUUAUGUCUGGUCUCAGCCUCAACCUUAAACCUGCAGCCCCCAUCCUUGACACAGCCAUCUGUACAGGCAUUUCAGGCAGUAAAUAAGCGAGUGGAGGGUAGCACACUCCUUAGCAGGCCCAACCUAAGGCCAAGCCCUGUCAUUCUCCUCUGCAACCCAAGGCCCACCCUCACACACCCCCUGGGGUUGACCUACACACUGCAGGGUCCCCCAGGGAGCAUAUCAGGCUUUAGUACUAGCACAGGCCUUCUGUGCUCUGUCUAAACCCCCCCUUCACCCUCCAUGCAUAUCACUCUACUCUCCCACCAUCCAUCUCUCCAUCUCCCAACAUCAAUACAUUCAUCUGUCCAUCCUCACUAUCAAUCCAAAUAUGCAAUUAGUCUCAAACCUUUGUCAUUUACCCAUCUGCUCCAUUUCUAUCACUCCGUCAUUUGUUAGUGUGUCUCUAUUAAAUCAUUUUCCCACGAUCAAAACUUGAGAAAAAUCAUCUGUUUUGCAUUAAAAGUGAUGAAGAAGAUACAAAACGACAAACUUAAGGGCAAUAUUUCUUAACAAGCUCAUAUAAAUUCUACAGUGCCACAAUUAUCAUCAGUUUCUCAUGUUUGAUCAUCUAUAGGAUAUAAAACUCCUAAACUAUCCUUUUUCUCUUCUGAGAUUGGUAACAAGUAGCAUAAAAACUGCACUAAAGGCACAUUGAGGAUUGUUAUAUCCGACAGAGGAGCACCAAAACCUAUUAAAACCCACUGGAAUAGUGUCACAUUACCAUUACACCCAUGAUAAAACUGUCAAUUCACCAGGAAAAAGGACCGAUCAAUACGCCGAGCAAUCACCAGACACCCACAGAUCCAUACAUGUAUUCACCCAUCCUGACACCCAGUACCUGCGUCUGCGCAAACUCUUGACACAUUGAUCCAUCCGUCUUCCCCCCGCUCUCCCACCAUAAUAGAUGCUGUGCUGAUUCAGUCCCCACAGGAUACAAGGACAUCACAGAGAAGUAACCCGGGACUGACAGCAGCAUUGAGUGGCAGGAUUGAAGCGUGAGACGCCAAAAGAAAGAGAAUGAACGUCACAUAAAUGGCGGACUGGGCUCCACGGCUUGUGGUUACCCUGAUGAGAUUGGAGGAACAAUGAAGGAGGCUGAAGGGAAAAAUAAAGAUUCCAUCAAAAUAAGAGCAUGGAUAUCAAUAAUAUAUGAUAACAAAGAAAUAAAAAGAGGUGAGGGUGGAUAAGGGGGACAAGCAAGGACAAAGACAUGCAAGAAUUGCCAAACGGGGAUCAGGCAGAUCAGCAGUGCAAACUAGUGUUUCCUGUGCAAGUAUUGAGAUGCAGAUCCCACUUUCUCAGCUAAUAAUGGGGGCUGUCGAGAGUGUGUGUGCUCAUGUGGGAGAGAUUCUCACACAUCUGCUAACCUGCCUCUUUAAUGGGGUGCAAAUGGGCUCCAUUGUUGGGCCCUGCCGACCUGGCUGGAAUGACCUGACACGUCCGAUGACAGCUUUGAGUUCGCAUGCAUACGGAAACAUGUCCUCACACUGGUGUUUACAUACACAUGUAGAAUGCCUAAUGCCUAUGCAUGGAGCUAGUUUAAACAGAAACAGGAUGAGGGGAGUUUGAGAUGCUCUCCAAGACAUUCAGCGAGGUGUUACUACCCAAUAAUAUCCUGUUUUCUUUUCUUUUCUAGCUUGAAAUGUGCAAAAGGUCUUUUAGUGAAGAGCCAUUUUUCUUAAUACUUAACUUUUGGUUUACUUUCUUGCAAUGUCUCAUAAAUACAAUAUAUUCCUAACAAACUGUAGUGCAGUGUUUUUCUGGCUGAAUAGUUUUUACUCUGUCUCCCUCUUGAAUCCAGACGUUUCUAAAGCUGUGUUUUACUAAGCAGUCACAAGUCAGCUGAAAUGAUUUUAACUAGGCACUCUGCUGACUUGGAGUUGGGGGAUGGGGGUUUAACAGAAGGAGGGGGGGCAAUACGGGGUCACACAGGAGGAGAACUAGAAGGGAGGGGGUCGCUUUUUUUUCUCUUUCUCUCCGAGCUCUUGGAAAGAAAGGAAGGAAGCCAGAGCAAAGCAGAGCCGGAGCCCAAACCAAACUGAGGAGAGAUGGAUGGUGGGGGGAGGGACUGGAGAGAGAGCGCUGCUUAUUGGUAGGCUGCGGGUCUCUCUGUGUGGAUGGAUUGACUUAGCACGGGUCGAAUUACACCAUUUGCCGUGCAUUAGUUUGUUUUUCUCCCAGCCAGGAGAAGUUGAUUCACUACGACGCGCACAAUAUUCUUUUUGGGAUUACAGCAACACGAAAGGAUACAAAAUAAGCAAUUCAGAUGAGGUGAGUUUUCUUGGCGAUGCGUGGAUUUACUUUGUUGCGCAGCAUUACGCAGUGAAAGUCGAGGGGAAACUAGAGAGGAGAGAAGUCUUUGCUGGGAUACUAAAAAUUUCUUCUGACCACGGAGCUAUGCUGCUCUGCAAAACUGAUGGUUGCAGGACAGAAAUAGUUGUGGUCCGGACUAUUUUUACUCAUGCUUCAGUCCGUUUUAUUCCUCAUUCAUUGCAUUUGGCGCUGGCAGCGUUUAUCUGACCGUUUCGCACCGUAGCGCCUCUCCAACGCUCACAAAGCAGUGUAACCGGGUAAACCAAAUCUAAACUGUUUACUCACUUCUCUCUUGGUGAGACACUUUACCCUUUAAAUUAAGCAGCCUCAAAUCCCUCUUAUAACAGCUUCUGGUAGUCGCACCAUUAAACCUCGUACCAAUGUCUCAAACCUGAAGUUUAUCUCAUGAUUAGUCACUAAGAAUUUAAAAGGCACAGUCUCCUGUUUCUUCUGGUUGUUUGCGUUCAGGUGGAUGUGUGCCAGAUCAUGCUCCCGGUCCCUCCACACGCCCUCUAUUAUAUGAAAUCAACGUUGAAUCAAUGAUUUAACAUGUGCGCGCUGCAUCACGGAUCGCGCGUCGUUAAUGUUUAUGCCUUUUCCCUCGUCUUUGCAAAGUUAAUAGUAGUGGAAGGGGCUGGUGUAGAGCUGUAUGAGGGAGGGGGCUGUGUGGUCGUGGCACAGCUUUGAAGAUCAGUCAUCAGCGCGCAGGGGCCCGGGGACGGACACAGAGCAGGCAGGCUAAAUGCUCGGAUGUGCCGAGCGGAGCUGAAAUCUGUGCGCAACUGGAUGAAAAGGGAAAAGUGUGGUCCGGAUGGAGCUUUAAAUAACAGGAAUAUGACAUGCUGGGUGUUUUCUCUUGUAUGGAUUACCAAAGGAAUAUGACAUUCAUUCGGAUUGCUCCAUUCAUGAGUGAAUUCGGUCACUUAAGGUAGGUGAUCUCGGUGGUUUUUAAACAUUGAUGCAAUACAUUUGGAGGAUACUCUAUGUUUUAUCAUAAAGAAACAUAUUAUCACUGGUUCUAUAAGCCUGUCCGGAGAGCUACUUUAUUAUGAGGAUGAAUAAAAGGAAACCAGGUGGGGGGGAAAUAAUCUAUUGAUAUCAGUAAAAAUAGAGCCACGCCAGUUUUGGUCCCACGCGAUCAUUUUAUGUUGAUAAUUAAAACAACUUGGCAUAGUUGAGUCAAAAUAACCAAAAUGUUCUCUUUUUAUUUCCCAUCACUUAUAAUUUGAGUCUUUUAUAAUGAGAAACAUCUUCUCUAAUUUUACAAUCUCAGAACAAAGCUCACGCGUAAUGAUUGGACUGAUCAGACCAGCAAACACCAGAACCAACAAUGUAAAACAGGCUUGGACGGACAAUCUGACUUAAAUGUUGUUUACCGCUUUACCUUUGAUGCCUUUCGUCAUCUUACUGUACUCUCGAUUACAUUAUACCAGAAUAUAAUGUUGGGGAAGCGCUCACAACCUCCUAUGAGGCAGAACUGCUCGAGAGCCCAGCCCCGUGCAUGCAUUGGGAGCUGUGGAGGCAGUUUAAACGAAGCCCCAUCACUGUUGUCACUCCACCGCUGUCCCCCGCGUCUUUGUUGUCUUUUGUAUGAGUCCAACAUGUGGGCUAAAGGGCUCUGAAAAGAUUUACCACGGAUAAAACUUGAAUGCCUUUACGCCCCGGUCCGCACAAUACAAGCGUCAGAGCCCGGGCUGCUGCAGGGGCUGUGUGCGCUGAGAGAGGAGAGAAGAGGAGAGCAGGAUCCUUACACAAAACUUGAAAAAUUACCCAGUGAGUAAAAGAGGAGACAGAUAAGAGAAUCAGAGACAGAGAGACAAUUAGUGUGGUUCAUUUGCUUCGAAAAGAGGCUUGUAAGUGUGAGAAGGUUAGAGAAUUAUUCCUUUGUGCCACAUUUGGCCAAAUGAAGUAAAUUGGCCGAAGAAGAUGAAGAAAAUAGGCUAUCGAGGGUCUGAUUGUGAAGUUUUAAUUGCACUCAAUUAAAUCUAAAAAAAGGACACACAUUUAAUGGAGUUUGUCCAGACCUUGUUGUGGCUGUUCUUGAACUAGUCAAGGCCCUUCACAAAAAUAAAGACCACAAACAUAAACCCAAGAUUUAAACACUUUCCAGAGAAUCUGCGGGGCCGAGGUUCCAUCACAGGGAUACUAAAGUACAGAAACUACAAAAACCACAAACUUGAUGUUGGCACGAGCACCACACUCUGGCCGGGUCAAACACCAGAACCAGCCACGGCUUUGUUGACAGCACAGCUGGCUGCUGUGUCUCACUCCGCCUCACUGGCUGCAGGGUCACAACUCAGCGACCAGAACGAUCACCGUCAACCUCCUCUACAGCCGGCCAUAACCCCGGAACAGCCGCCAUUAAACCCAACAGCCCUAUGGUUACUCUAAACUGCUGCUCUGAAAUCAGGUUGUGCAAUGACAAUUUGGUGAGGUGGUAAAAGUUGAACCCCAUGUGCAACGUUUGGAGACAAGAUGUUUGUACAGUUUGCUUUGAACCCUUUUUUAGGAGCCUCAGAACAGCUCCAGCUAACUAAGGUCCACUAAACGGGGGUGGGGCUCUAUUGUGUUGACUUGCCCAAAGCCCCUUUUGUUGCAUGGUCACACCUGCAGCUCAGCCCCCUUUGUGCUCCUCUAUAGCAGGACUACUGCUGAGAACAGCCUUUCUCCUGUUUCACUCCUCCUCCUCUCGCCAAGGUAGACACGAAAGGGAGGGAAGCACGGUUUAGGGUGGCACAGGGCUCCCCUCCUGCCAAAUCUCUGAAGCAACAAGUCCAACCCGACCUCCUCAGAAGUGAACCUUAGGUAAAUAGCACACAGUCAGGGGUAGUGGUUAUUGCUGGAGUGGGAAAUGGAGUAGUAAUCAUUUCUGGGCCUGUGUGGCUGCUCUAAUCAUCAGCCUGACUCACUUCCCUGUGUGGCUGCGUCUUGAUUGCUUUCUCAGAGCAACUGUUUAGACUUGAAAUCCAGUUUCGGACAAACCGUUGCACACGCAGACAAACUUACACCGAGUGUGUGAAUGCAAAUGUCUGAAACUGUACUCCUUUGUAUCUGGUUUCUUGCGUUGUUGCGUUUACACUCCAGUACAGUGCUAAAUGACAAGACAAGCAGCCUCCAGCAGCAGCUAUUGUUAUGCUGGGAUUACAUCCACCCUUCACAUUCACACACAACUUACGAAACCUCACGCACCGCUGUUGUUUGCCAUCCUAUUUUAUUAGCCCCCGUUCCUCCCAAUAGGACCUCCGUGCAACAACACAUCCAUUCAGCGCAGCACUGGAGAAGUUACAGCGGAUAUAUGCCAGUAAAAGCACAACUAAGAGUAAAAUAUGUGUUAAUCUGUCAUUAUGAGCUUGGAAGGCUAAAUCUUCUGCUGUAACCACCAGAAAUGGGGCUGCAGACCCCUAAAACCCACCAUCAGUAGGAAAAGUAAAUCCAGCAGACCCCCUCCCCCUUCCCGAUGUUUAACACCAUGGGUCUGAGCCAACAACAUCAGCAGGGAAAGUGCGUGGUUGUAGGACACUGAAAAGCCUGUAAUAACAGAGGUAGAGUGAGGCAAGGCUGAAUGGCACUGCGUUGCGUGACAAGCUCAGUUCCUAGGCUUGUUGAGGCCUAUAUGUGCAUGCACACACACACACACAAUCAUGCUCUCUCACACUGGAGGGCAGGAACCAGAGAGUGCAAAGAAAUAGUCAAUAGAAAACAUGCUGGGGCUCACCAGAGAUUGAGAAGUAAUUUUAGAUCGCUGACCUCUGAAUGUCUUCUGUUUCUGUUUUACAUUAAAAGUUUCUGAGGAAAGCCUUCGCCUCCACAGAGCUGUGCGGCUAUUACCAUGCAAGGAAUCAUGGGAGAUCAGAGCGGGGCGUCUGAGUCUGGUUGGAGUGUUUUUCUCCUGAAUUGUUAAGUGAAGGAGAAUGGCAGAAAAAAAAGAAGUGUAUGUAUGUGUGUUGAAGAAAAAGGGAUAUAGAGCAGGACUCUGACAAGCAGGGAAAUGAUUUACCUGUGGACACAGUCGAGUUUGGACUAGACUCUCAGCCUAACAGCCUGGAUGAUAACACCGUGGAAUCUAAAUGUGCAGCUCGGUUUAUUUACCUUUCAUAGCUCCUGUUUUCUUUUUUUUUUUCUUUUGUAUUGUUGUGCGUCUGGUAUCUAUUUCUGUCCCAGGCUUCUCCUACACACUCAGCGAUUUAUUGCUCGGCUUUUAAUACAGCACCUUUCUUGGUGCGCGAGCGUCUCAACCAGGUAGUAAAAGAAAACAGCUGCAAUGCUUUUAAGGAACACCGCUGUUUAUCCGAGCCGUGCAUCAUCAUCAAUUCUUCUUUAGGUUAAACUGCUGACAGUUGUUGGUUUGUAAAGAUCUGUAAGACUCUGCAUAGAUCUGUGCCAGGAUUUCACUUUUUAUCUCAAAUCUGGAGACAGAUCCAGUAUUGUUAUCUUUUGUGUCUUCAGAGAGAGAAAGCCGCCUUUAGCCCCAGUUAAGUGUCUCUAUUUUGUCAAUACCAUCAGUCCUGUAAUUUCACUAUUAAGUGGAUGAAUUGAGAUGAAACGUUGUGUCGUCCAGUGCUUGCAUUACUCAAUCAUAAUGACACUGCUCUUUUCAAAAGCCUUAGUACCCCACAGAGGACUGAAUAGCCAUGAUUAUACACUAUUGAUGACUAAAACAUGCUGGCAUUACUCUGAGGCUAUCCUCUCAGCUUCCAUUUAUUUAAGUGACACAUCUCCUACAAUUACUGUAAGGACAAGAAACAGAUUAUUGGAGUGUGGAAAUCAAGAGCAGCGCUUAAAAGAAGAAUAUAUAGUAGGCUUUAUGUGUCUGUUAUAUAAUGUACAUACAAAGACACAAGGCUGACAAGCUGAUCACACACUGUAUACUGUUAGUGCCAUAACUCACAUCAACUGAUUUUCCACUCCAGGAUAAAGAGUAAUAAUUCAUUAUGUGUUUUAGAGAAAAUUUAAGAUACAAAUGAGACAAUGGUCUUAAAAAAGUGAACACAUAGUAGGUUAUGAAGUUCUCACGUGGCGAAAGUGAUAUGUAAAAGUCCAUAGAUUGGCCCUGCCUGCUGCUAAUCCGCCAUGCUUCCUGUGUGGAUCAAUCACAGCACUAAUGGCUUGGCAGGCGGGGCACACAGACAGCACUGGAGCAGGUGUGCUUAGGGGCUAAUUGAAAAAUGAGUCAAUAUUGUGUGUGUGUGUGUUGGUGUGUUCAUGUGCGCACACAUGUCUGCCUUUGCAUUUCACCAUUUGAAAAGGGGAUUCUGUAUGUGCAGCCGUGUGUGUGUGUGUGUGUGUGUGUGUGUGUGUGUGUGUGUGUGUGUGUGUGUGUGUGUGUGUGUGUGUCAGUGUGCUUCCAGCUAAUCCAUCCCUCUGCCUGUGUGACGUCUCCCGGUAAAUUGUUUAUAUCCGUUCAAGCUUUGCCUGCAUGAAUAAUUUGUUUGCCUUAUAAAUAUUUGAAUGUACACCGAUCAUUAAUAUGCACAGACACAGUCUGUCUCUAAAGAACUCCUUCAUGCACCAACAUACACACAUGAACUCUGCCACUCCCAUGAUGAAUUAUUACUAACGGAGUUUCCUGCGUAUCAUGUCCACAAUGAGAACAAGUACAAACAAUCGUACAAAAAAUAACUGCAAAGUCAUUUUAACUGUACAUGACUGAACCCCUUCAUACAACAAACACAGCUGCCCAGAGGGCAUGCUAGCGCGCUAACAGCUAACUGAGCGCUAAUAGAAGUCAGCUAAUGUGAGAGCUCAGGCUUCAACAGUGAUGUUGAUGAAGUUGCAAUGUGCUGAUGAGUGUUAAGCCUGACCUGGAGACUAACCAAUCAGAGCACAGAUGUACAGAGACAGCAGGCCUGCCACGCUUCUGACAGAGCGGACUUCCGCUGCAUCCAACACAUCGAGACACCCCGCCGGUCAGUUGGCUGACCUUCCCUUAGACAGCAGAUGCAGCGAGAGGUGGGGUGGAAACGCCAAGCGCUGCCACUGAGAGCUCAGUCAUCAAGAAGCCAGAGAGGGCAUAAUGUGCACCGUAUGGUUGUGUUUUAGCAGACAGUGGGGUUUAUUUCUUUGUGCGAAUGAAUUCUAAGUCUAAAGCUCUUAAUCUGAGUCUGUGAAGCGGUAUCAGAUAUCAGCAAGUGUGCCAGUAAAUGCAACAUAACCAGUUAGCCGCAAAAAAAAUCAAGUGGUUUGAGCAGCAGAGUGUGCGAUCAAUCAAUUUUUAUUCAUAUAGCACCAGUUUACAACAAAUGUUGCCUCACAGAAAGAGGAAGUCUAGACUGUUACACCAUUUAUAAAGAGCUAACAUCACAAAAGGAUGAGAUUCAGUCCAUCUCACAGGAUAAAACUCAGUCUUAUCUUAAUCCACUAUGAGCAGAGCACUUUGCAGCUUUGAGCAAGUUAGAGUAGCAAGGAAGAAGUCUUGAGCAGAACCAGACUCAUGAUGAACAGCCAUCUGCUGUGACUGCGGCUGUGUCGCGCAAAGUUAACAAAUAAGCAGUAAUGAAAGUCAGAGGAUACCAUCAAUUUAGACAUCAGAGCAGGUAUUGAACACAAAGGAUAAAGUGGUACUUGAAUAUCUCCACAUCAGACCACAGUUUGCAGCCGUGAGCGCUGAUUGUGCUCCUUUUUGUGUGUUUCCAGGUAACAUCUCCACCAGUGUGAAACAGGAAGUGUCGUCUGUGAGCAGCCAUGGGCCAGAGAGCUGUGCUUCUGCUCAGUGAGCUGCUGCUGCUGCUGCUGACAGCCUCACGCACUCUCCUCGCAGUCAGCUUCCCGGAGGACACCGUACCCCUCGAUGUCGUUGACGCACAUUGUGAGUAUAGAGGCAUGCAGAUGAACUCAGCAGAGACGGGAAAGAGGGGAGGGUAUAUGACAGGAGCUGCAACGUCACGAAAAACAAGUCAACAAAAAUCUGUAAAAAGGCACUUUUUUACUCUAUCAAAUCACUGAGAAUAAAGGGAAACAGAAGCAGUGUCCUCACUGUAGUCGUGUCAGCAGUUCACUUGCACACCGUAUCCACAGUAAUAAAAUCAAUCUGCAGUAUGGUCAGCUGUAGCAUUAAAAGGAUUGAAUUUUCAUCUCUGUGAUGUACAGGAAGAACAGAGAUGUGCUGACACAGGCAGACACUAUCUAAGGCAUACACACAAUGACACACAGAUUUAAUUAAAGCGAAUAUACAGUCUGUGUUUGUACUGUACUAUUACCUUAAUUGCUGGGGGAUUCAUGUAGAGCGUACACAGAGCAUAUGUGUUUCCAAUAGGCACAGUGGAGUUAAAUAUAGCGAAAGGAGAGUGCUGUUUGUCCGUGCUAGAGCAUCUUCUGCCUCCACUAUGAGAAUGCCAUUAAUAGCAUGUGUGCGUGUGUUGCUGUCUUUACAGUUACACGGAGGUACCCUGUGUUCAGAGGCCGGCCCUCUGGCAACGAGUCACAGCAUCGCCUCGACUUUCAGCUCAUGACCAAGAUACAGGACACACUGUUCAUCGCUGGCAGGUAAACUCGACACGCACAUGCACGCUGUCUCUAUCUGUCUUUUUCUCUUUCACACAUGCCCCCACAUCGAUACACUUACUCACUCCUUGGCAGGUAAACAGUGGCAUAAGAGGGGGGGAAAAAAGCUCUUAGUGUUAUUGGAUCCAUGGCUCCUCAGCCUGCAGCUGAUGUAUAUGGGCUCUAUUGAUUCCUGAGAGGCGUCUAUCACACCGACCUGACGCUCUGUCAGGGUUUUUUGGCAUCUUUACAUGUCUUUUUGGUAUUUAUGGGCGGUUGGAUUAAUCUAACAGCCUGCACUAAUAUUGUAGCAGGAAAUCACCUGGACAUCUGCAGGAUAAAACUCCCACCUUUAGAGCCGCUGUAAUCAGCAACACAUGUAUCACCACUGACAGGUGAAUCCUCCUUUGCAAGUUAUUCACAUGUUUUUACUCAAAGGUUGUUCUCUGUGGGCUGAUUAAACUACGACAAAUCAGUUUUUUACUGUGUAAUCCAAAAAUGUAGAUGUCAAGUGAAAUAGUGCAACAGAGAGACUACUAGAGAUUCUCACAGCGUAGAGAGUUGCACAAAAAGCAGAAUCCACUGUGUAGCUAUUCUGCAACAUCUAGUUUGUUUUGCAAAUGACAGAGUGGGAAAAUUACAAAUUCAAGUGGGUAAAUGACUGUUUUUGACAGAAAACACAGCUCAGGGUCUGAAAUGCAAAAAGCGAACGAUUCUCCUCUCACUUUAUAUCCCUAUAGGUCAGACAGUGACUGCAAAAAGGGACCCAAAACCCAUUUCCUCAGUAAAUGAGGUCCUCUCAUUGCAAGUAUAGUUAAAGAAGUAUCUUAAAAACAUCACAUAAUUGUGUUGCAGGUCCUCUCAGAAUGAAAAUGAGAACACAGAGGGUUUAAAAUCUAACUUUUUAGUCUUUCAAAACACAGGUGAAGCCCGAGAUUGUCAUAUUAUUGUCACUGAUCCUUGUGUUUCUUUGCUGCGUGUCCACAGAGAUCAGGUGUACCUCGUCAGUCUGAGAGAAUCCUACAGGAAUGAGAUCAUCCCCUACCGGGUAAGACUCUCACCGCAAGCUGCUCCUCUUCUCUACAAACACUAGACGACUUUCAUACAAAAUACAGAGCCAUUCAUCACACACUGGACAGGCUGUAAAAGGAGAGAGUAGAAAAGGGAGGACUGUGUGCGUGUGUGUGUACAUGUUUCUAAUUCUCCGUGUUUGUUAUUACAGAAGCUCACAUGGCGAUCGGGCCAAGUUGACAGAGACAUGUGUGCCGUCAGGGGAAAACACAGAGUAUGUGUAAAACAACCUUUUACCCUGUAACUGUGCACCACAUUAAAUCAGUCAGACAGCGGCUGCCUCCUAAACGCUGAGUUAUAUUGUGUUUCUGUUAUCAGGACGAGUGCCACAACUUCAUUAAAGUGCUGGUACCAAGAAACGAUGACCUGGUGUUCAUCUGCGGUACAAACGGCUUCAACCCAAUGUGUAGAUACUACAGGGUGAGUAUCUGUUUCUCGAACUCUCAUGUCACUUACACAAACUACAAAGUAAUUUGGCCAGCACACCCUUUCUGUUGCUCCUUUUUAAAUAAAUUUUCUUUCCUUGACUUUCGCUCGACUGAUCCAUUUGCCGGCCGGUGUUUUAGUGUUUUCUGUUUGCACUGUGUCCCUUGACAAAACUCCUCUAAAUGUGUGGGUGAUCGCUGUGUUCCCUUCAGCUGGAUAACCUCGAGUUUGAUGGGGAGGAGAUCAAUGGAUUGGCACGGUGCCCGUUUGACUCCAAGCAAACCAACGUUGCCCUUUUCGCUGGUAAGGGGUCAACCACACACCCACCCACGCACACACACACACACACACAUAGUUAGUCCCGCAGAAGAAACACUAAUGUGCUCCUGCUUAUGCUCUCAUUAUCACCUCUGUGUCUUUGCCAGAGUAAAACUGUGCCUGCAGCGAUAACAGCUUCGCCAAUUAGGCCUUAUAAAUGCAGAGAAACAACAAAGAAUGCAAGAGCAGUGUAUCCUACUUUCUCGGUGACUGUACUCCUUUUUUUUCUUCUAUAUUUCAGAGGGGAAGCUGUAUUCUGCAACUGUAGCCGACUUCCAGGCCAGUGAUUCUGUCAUCUAUCGCAGCAUGGGUGAUGGAUCAGCCUUGAGGACCAUCAAAUACGACUCCAAAUGGCUGAAAGGUAAGCGAAAUGCCCAACCAUAACUCUCAAUCUUUAUGUCUCUCUGGAAAUACACUUGUCUACCUGCCAGCUAGCUGAAUGCCCAUGGUGCCUUUGCAUGGUGUAUGUAUGUACGAGGCUGUCAGGGCUAGUUUUUGGAGUGAUAGAGAGCUCUCCUGCCUUGCCAAGAUCCGUGGGGAUAUGGCCUGUUCUCUCCCAGGCAAUCUAGGUCACCCCCAGUCAUAUACAGCCUUGUACAAAUCCCUGAAAUAUUCAACAUGCGCGGCGGCAGUGGUGACGGUGCAGAAAUACACUUCAACUCUGUGCUUCUGUCUCUUCCUCAGAACCUCAUUUCCUGCACGCAGCAGAAUACGGGAAUUAUGUGUACUUUUUCUACCGGGAGAUUGCAGUGGAGCACAGCAAUCUGGGCAAGGUAAGAAAGUGCACCUGCUGUUUAUGAUGUAACACAUAUUUCACGCGGAUUCGGCAUGCAGGAAUACCCCUCCACAUCCAGAAAAAGGCCUUGCACCUCCCUUAGUGCAUGCCUUCCUGCCACAAAAGGCCCCAGUGGUAAUGGAGCUUAUUCAAGCGACGACUGAAUCACAUUAGAAUACACGAGGCAUUUCAACUGCCAGCGUUCGCAAGGAGAUUUCUACUAAUGUAAAACCAUUACACAGCUAGAGGAUUUGUCUCAUCUGGAGACGGCACGCUCUGUUUCUGCCUCCCUCUUAUGACACAGACACAUGCAGAGGGCAUUAGGAUGUUCUGUGUUUGAAGCCAACUCAAGAUUUCAAACGUCCAGCCACAGGAAGCCAGGAUCCUCCAUCAGUCAUCUGCCGAUAAAUAUUUCAGCCUCACUAAUGCUCUGGUGACACCUGGCCUCUGACGGAGGUUUGCACCGGUUAAUUAUUCAGACUGUUGAAAUCAACUGUUUCACACUCUUUAUGCUCAAAGCUCUGGUUAUAUUUCUAAUCUAACACACAUUUUCAUGGUGCAGCAGUGGGGCAGCGAUGGCCCAGUCUAGUUAAAAAAAAACCUCCACACGCACACAGUUAAAGAUGAGUGUGCUUAAGUUGUGGUGCCUGGUAGCUGCCGGAUGGACAGAUGCAUUAUUCAUCUUGUUGAAGUGUUUUUAGUGACGUUCACUCAGCUGCCUCGCUCUUCCACCUCGCAGGUUGUGUAUUCUCGGGUGGCACGGAUCUGUAAGAACGACGUUGGCGGGUCACAGCGGGUGCUGGAGAAGCACUGGACGUCUUUUGUGAAAGCGCGGCUGAAUUGCUCCGUGCCAGGGGACUCCUUCUUCUACUUCGAUGUGCUUCAGUCCAUCACGGACAUCAUCGACAUCAACGGCGUCCCCUCGGUGGUGGGUGUGUUCACCACGCAGAUGAACAGGUGAGCCGAGACCGCUGAGAGUCAGUUUUAGCAACACGGGGAGCUGGAAUGAGAAAAGCUGAGGGAAAAAUAUCUAUAACUUUCACUUUUCCUUCUCCACAGUAUCCCAGGGUCAGCAGUGUGUGCCUUCUCCAUGGCCGAUAUAGAGAAAGUAUUCUGGGGCCGGUUCAAAGAACAGAAGACUCCCGACUCUGUGUGGACUCCUUUUCCAGAAGAGAAGCUGCCCAAACCUCGGUAAGAACUAAGCCUUUCUCUUCUUUUGAAAACUUCAAAAUCCCAAACCUUCUAAGAGCCAAGACAGGGAGAGAAAAAAGCAGGUGGUGCCUGCCAACAGCUGUUUACCACCUGUCAUUUGGUCCCCUUUUCUUAACCCUUCUUUGUCCAGGCUGAACCCGCUGAAAUCAAAUCUUUUUCUCUUAUAAAAGACCAAGUUAUUAGCUCUGACCCAGCACACACAUUCACCAUCUGCUGAUGAUUGAAUUAUUAAUUUGGCAUAAUUAGACGUGCUGCAUAUUUAACCUGUUUACAGUCAGCACAUGUAUUUAUAGGCCUGCCCUCUGUCCAAAAUACAAAGUCCACAGAGCACCUCGUUACCCUGGUAAAUCAUUCAUGGGGGAUAACCAUGCAUAUGUAUAUUUUAUGUUUCCAGCUGAGGCCUUUUUGUGAUCCUAAUAGGCACCUGCUCCUCUGCUCUCGCCCUCCCCUUGCACUUUUCAUCCAUCUCAAUACACGGCAUUAUUAUGACUCCCCUGUGUGUGAUCGUAUGGUCUGAUCUUUGACCUUUUGCCCUCUCCUCGUGUGCACCCUCCAUCUCAGACCCGGAUGCUGUGCAGGUCACGGUCCAGCUGCGUCCUUUAAGAGCUCCAUCGAGUUCCCGGACGAUACCCUGCAGUUCAUCAAGUCCCACCCUCUCAUGGACACAGCAGUGCCUUCUAUUGGGGAUGAGCCGUGGUUCACGAAGACCCGCGUCAGGUAAAUAAAUUGUGAUGCUUUGGUGACCUUUAUAAAGUGGCUCCCAAAGAUGAACUCAUGGUGAACUUGGCAAAGAUCACAGAAUGUGACCCAGUAUCUGGUUCAAUAGCAGACAUUUCAAUGAGAGCAUAAAGAUAUCAAGGUACUGCUCUCACUCAGUAAUUUAGCACACGUGAAAAUAAAAACAUUGACACAUAUUUUCCGUGACUGUCCUGUGUUUCCCAACAGCCCAGAUGGUGAUAUAAAAUGCAAUGAAGAAAUAAAAAAAAACUUGACCUCUUGCUCCUCAACAGACGGACAGAUUUAUGUAUUCAAAAUGGCCUCUCUUAUUUUGCACCCCUGCUGUGCGUAACACAUGCUCUUCUGCUGUGUGUGAAGGUACAGACUGACAGCGCUGGCUGUGGACAAUGAAGCAGGACCUCACAAGAACUACACAGUGGUGUUCAUCGGGGCUGAGUCAGGGGUCGUCCUCAAGGUUUUGGCCAAGACCACCUCUGUGUCCCUGAACGACAGCCUGCUUCUAGAGGAGAUAGAUGUCUUCAACAGGGCCAAGUAGGGAUACUACACUUUUCACACUCUCACUGUCUGCCUCUGUUCUCUGUUUCUCUUCCUCUUCUGCUUUCUGGCCGAAGAGUCAGCAACUCUUAAAGUGAAGCUUCCUGGCACAGAUGGCAGGGCCUGUCUGUCGUUCUCUGUGCAGGAACAGUAUGUGUGUGGCUUUUUUUCCCUCUGUUUAUUUUGGGAUAUGAAUACACAAGCUGCAGGGUGUCAGAGGUUAAAAUCUUGUUAAACUGCGGGGAAAAAGCUUUUUGUGCCUUCUCAGCCUAACAAGUGAUUAAAUCUACCGAGACUGAAACAGUAGACAGACUUAUCUGAUAAACCCCUGAUCAUGUUUCUCGCUUCCCUUUUCCCAGGUGCCUGUCUAACCGUGAGGAUGACAAGCGUGUCCUCUCGCUGCACGUGGACAAAGACGCACACAGCCUGUAUGUCGCCUUUUCAAGCUGUGUCAUCCGUAUUCCCCUGAGCCGCUGUGAAAGGCAUUCUGCCUGCCACAAGUAAGUGACACACAAAUGCACAAGCAGGGGUUGAAAAUGCGCUCGACUGGGUCAUAGGUUUGUGACUUUACUGUUUUGGUUUUUAGUCCGUGUCAUAAAAGCAGCGAUAGCAGCUCUCCUGAUGAUUUGCGGUUAAUGUUCAAUCAGUCGCACAUGUUUAUUGAGCUCUUCCCAGAAUGAUUAAACCCUGUGUUUUGAUGAUGUGUGUGUUUUUGUUUGUGUGACACCAGGUCUUGCGUUGCAUCAAGGGACCCUUACUGUGGCUGGAGGCCUAACGGAGCCUGCGAGAGGAUACAGCCUGGCGUUCUGUGAGUUCAAGCCCUCAGCUGUGAUUUAAAGAACAAAUAAACCUGAUGAGAAAUGAGAUUGUAAGAACUCCUGCAGCUCUCUGAUUAAUCUCUCUAACUUGAUCUCUUUCUCUUUCCUCUUUCAGGACUGGCUAUGAGCAGGAUGUGGAGUUCGGAAUCACGACUCACCUCGGAGACUGUCAUGGUACGAAUCUCAUCUUCAUGCCAUGCCAUCUAUCCUGAGACACACGCAAACAGAUACACACAUACACUGACACACACACGUACGCAAAUGAGACACAAACUCAUCUCCACACACACCAUGAGCCUGCACACUCACACCAGUAACCUCUCCAGUAACUUGCCCGUACAUGACUCUAUGUUCAGUAUUAACACACACAUCUGCAUACAGUACAUGGCCACCUGUAACUUAUAAAACAUGGACAUGUACAAUUCAGGGUCAUGUUCAGCUGGUGCAAAUGGCAGAGGUCUGAAGAUAUCUCACGGCCAGAAAAUGUGCCUUUACUGAUUUUACUUAAAAAAAAAGUCUGUCCCUUCAUUUGUACCGACUAAACAUGACCCAGCUGAACCCCAGUAUCGAUCAGAACCAGAGGGCUUCCUGUGACUCCGCUGAGAGAAGGACACUGCUAGCGAGUGCUUUGUAUCUUUAUUAUUAAGUGGUCUAAACUGCACUCUUAGUGUCGCUUAGGGAAUUUUAGUCUUUACUUUUUCUUUCUGAAUUCCCUUAUGCUGAUUUCUUGUCCUUUUGAAUUCUUUUAGCGUUUUUGGGCACUACAUCAGCGCCAGAUUACAAAUCAUUUGGCGACCCUACCUCUGGUUAGUUUGAUCUUUUACUCAAAUGGUUUCUUUCCUUGAGUUCAGCAUCUCCAACCCUGUCUUCUACGCCACUGUCACCAUUCAUCUUUUCUACCCAAACACUUCCUGAUUGCUAAUGUCACUUUCUUCAUUUUGCCAUCAACACAAAUGUUAGAUUCGCCAGGCGACAUCGGUGCUCUUUCUCAGCACAGAUUCACUCCCUCCUUUUUUACUCAUCACUCCCUGUUGGGAUCCCUCCUCCCUCUUGCAUGCCCAUCCUCCAUUCCUUUGGCAUCCUUACUGUUGUGUACCAACUCCUCUUUGAACCUCAGUAUCCUCUUUUUUUCCUGCUCCAAAUUCUCUAAAAUGAAAAAAUAAAAGUAUUGAUCUGUGAAUGUGAAGAAAAAAAAACAAUAUUUUCAUUGAGUUUAACUUGGAUCAAGUUUAUUCAUCAUUUUUAAAACACUAACCCUAAAAAUGAGCCAUUGACCAUGCCUACUAACUGGGAUGAUAACAGUAUGCUUUACCCACGUCUGCACAGUUUGUUAACAAUUUGUUUGUCACCACAGACAUGGAGUUUUCAUCAGCGCCAGUCACUGUCCACCCCCCAGUACUCAUACCCACUCAGAGCCCCAGUUCUGAGCCUGGUCCAGAGCUCUACGGCUCAGGCUUUGUGCAGCAGGAUGACCCAGCCACCUCCCAUUCUUUAGACUCUUUCCCAGGGGGCCAAGAGGGUAAGGCCCGCAGGGAGGCAGCCAGCAUGCUGCUUUGAGCCUAGUCUGAUAGCUGCCAAGACUCACUAAACAACACAAAUGUGAACCCACACACAAGCAGCAACUAUCUGAGAUUUCUAUAAAUAAAUAAGACAGAUUUUAUUUUCCUAAAAGACAUUUGAAAGUUUGUUUCUUAUAUGUUCUUUUUAUUAUCUUUCCUUGAAACUAUAAUUUCCUUUUGUUCUUUCUUCACUUCUUUUAAAUUAUUAACUUGGCUUUCUAAUCAUUAAAACUUAAAACUCUCUGUUCUCUCACUGUUUCUUGAGAAUCUUUUGUUUGGAUUUCACUUUUCCCCCUGCCAGUAUAGAUUUAUUAACUCUAGAUCAAGUAACAGUUUACCCUGGCUGGUAGAUCAUUGACUGGGCCUGCUCUGCCACAACACUUCUGUGGCCGCACGGUGGAUGACUAACUCUUUCAAUGUCUGUGGUUACUAACAAACCGAAGUCCAACUCUUGCCGUCAACACCUUGAGGGCAAGCACUCUCUCUUCCCUCAGAGUAACAACUUCCUGGUUAAUCCCAUGUGGGAAAAACAUGGAUUUGACUCUCUAUUUCAGAUCAAAUUCACUCCUAUCCUUCGGUACCUUCUAAAUGCAUGACAAAAAGCCUCUGGUGGAAACGUGGAUCAAGGCAACACUUGAAGUCUUCCCUUCUGAACUAACAUAGCACAGCUUCUUAUAGACUGAGAAAUGGAUGUGGGUACCUAACAGCGUCUGCCAACCAUAUUUCCUCUUCAUCUGGGUUUAUAAUAGGAGUAGAAAUGUGUUCGUAGUAAUGAUGUUAGUUUGUAAUUGACUGGUUAACACCUGUGGGUAGAGGUGUGAAAGCAGAAAUGUGUGCAUGAUUGUCCUCUCACACAAACAUGCUCUCGUUCUGCUGCUAAAUGGGGAGAGAUGCUUCACUAAACAUUUUGACUCUUUUCACCAGGGAGGCUAACCAAUUCUUCGAUCUUUUAUAGGUGUGUGGGAUAACCAAGCAGGUGAGACCAACCAGAUGGUCCACAUGAACAUCCUCAUCACCUGUGUGUUUGCUGCUUUCCUCAUGGGUGCACUCUUGGCUGGUCUGAUUGUUUUCUGCUACCGAGACUCAUUCCUCCGUAAGCCAAGGCAUGUCCACAAGGAUGCCGAGUCUGCACCAUCCUGCUCUGACUCCACUGGAAGCUUUGUCAAGCUCAACGGCCUAUUUGACAGCCCAGUGAAGGUACGGCCAAAAAAGCCCCAAUGCAAUUCCAGAGGCUUUAGUUGAGUAGAGUGAAUCUUGAAGAUAUAAAUCUGUGUCUGACUUUGCUGAUUUGAAUUUUUCAUUCAUAGGAGUAUCAAACCAACAUUGAUUCUCCCAAGCUUUACACCAACCUGCUGAGCAACAGCAAAGACCUGAACACGCCCAACGGGGACACCAAAACCAUGAUCCUGCGGGACGGUUGUCAGCCUCCCGAGCUUGCUGCUCUGCCUACGCCAGAGUCGACUCCUGUUCUUCAACAGAAAGGUCUGCAGCCAAUCAAAAACCAGUGGGAGAGGGCUCACGGGAAGGCCAGUGGACCUCGCAAGGAGUCUAACUCAGCAAAGAGUCCUCAGUUCCUUUCCUCUCCUGUUCCUCCAAACCACCCACACCUGGCUCUGGGGCACUCCCACAUCCCCAGUGCAGUUGUUCUGCCUAAUGCAACACAUGACCACCCUGACUUCGAUGAUGAGGAUGAUUCGCUGCCUCGCCCGUCUGAAAAGAAGUUGAAGAACCCAGAUUCAAAGGGAAGUAGAAAAGAACAGAAGAGGUCUGUGGAUGCCAGGAAUACCCUAAAUGAUCUUUUAAAACACCUUAAUGACUCUGUGGCCAAUCCUAAGGCCAUUCUCCAGGAGGGUUCAGGACCUCGCCCAAGGCAGCACCUCACACUGGAGCCUAUGGAGGAACUGACUGAAGUACCUCCUAAGGUACCCAGCCGUGAGGCUUCCCUGUACUCCCCUUCCUCCUCCCUGCCCCGGCACAGCCCCACCAAGAGGGUAGACGUGCCUCUGCCCUCCACUCCCACCACGCCAACGGGCAGCCUAAGCAUGGGGGGGACCCUGGAGAGGCAUAGAGGGGGAUAUCAACUCCAACGGAGUGCCUCUCACAGGCACUCCUUAUCCACCUCUCCAAAUGGGGUAACAAUGGGGGUGUCUGUGUCUCGCCAACACAGUAUGAACAGAGGGGGUUACAUGCCUCCAACACCCCCCUCCAGACUUGACUCCCAUGGUGGAGUAAUGGGGGGAGCAAUGCACUCAGCUCAUCCAUCCUCUGUAUCCCGACAGGGCAGCUACAAUGGGCACUGCUCACUCCCUCGCACGGGGGUUAAACGGACCCCAUCGCUAAAGCCAGAUGUGCCCCCUAAACCCAAUGGGUUUUCACCACAGACUCCACAGAUGCGAGUGGUAAACAAGUACAGCUAUUAAAGGAGAACAGACACUUCUGAGUGAGCUCUUGGUCUUGAUGUCAGAGCUUUGAGCCCUGAGUGCUUGGAGGGACUAUGGAUGGGGUAGGGCCUGGAGUGUAUUUGUGUAUCGACUUGAGGUGUAUUCCCCCUUUAAAUGAUAUGCACAUUCACUCACACUGAAAAGGGAAAAUCAAACACGUGGCCAAAGAUACUCCUUUGAGCUUUUUCGCUCCUUAUAUCCCCAUGUCCCUCCCUUGUCACAGUAGCCAUGGGAUAUGAACAGUGGUCAGUAGUGAAUCUGCUGGUCCACAGCGUAUCUGGGCUCGGUGUCCGAUAUUAGGUACGAGGUUUGGGACACUGACGCUGGGCCGCUACAGCGUCUGUGCGUGUCGUACAAGGGUCAAAACAGUGGAAUACUUGAAGAAUGGGUCUCAUUUGUCACUGCCCUUGAGCACUGUCUUCCCACUAAUGUGAACUGAACAAAGAGGCGAGGUAGGCCAUGCCUUUGUUAGUAAGAGCGCUUGGGGCAAAGGAGAGGGAACUCAAAAAUCAUAGUGUGCGUGUUGAAACAUAUGACUUCAGACAGAUGAAUAAAACGGCAAGCAGACAGAAGGAAUGAGUGCAAGUGAAUGUGUGUGUCUGCGUGCGUCAGUGUGAGCUGGCAUUUAGGGAAUGCAAGUUUGUGCUAGAGCAGAACACACAUUAAGGCCUUCCUGCAAGGGGAUGCACCAAAAGACCCGUUUAAGACCUAAGUCACUGUUCCCCUCUCUACUUUGCUCUUGUCCAAAUCUAUCUGAGCUGAGGCUGAACUACAUUUGUGUCACUCUGAUGUGCUCUCCGGUAAUUUGGUUGGGCUGAAGUGAAAUUGUUCAUGCUGGGGGUAUACCGAGACAGGGACUCUGUUACUUAAUGGGAAAUUUAACAUAGUACACUUGCUGCUAUCUGUUUUAGACAAAGGCGUGUGCCGGUGCACAGCUGCCUGAGUGUGUGUGUGAGAGAGAGAAAGAGAGUGUGUCUGAUUCAAUGCAAAUAGAGGCCAAGAAGUUCAAUUUUAAGUAACCAAACACACUGUUAAGACUGAAACGCCGGAAAAUGCUUCUCGCCAGGACUGAAACCUUCGCUGCCCCGUCGUAGGAAAUAAGCUGGUGGUUCUAGAGACUUCUUUCUUAAUGUAGCAAUGGUAUAAAGUAAAAAAAUACAGUUCUCAUCUCAUUCUAUAAAUGAAUUCUGAACAAAUUUAUCUGCCUUUAUAACGUUUUACUGUGUUAUUUAAAGAUUUUUCAUAUAAAAACUAAAGCAACACCAAUGGUUUCGCCCUUUUACAGGAAUUCCGCAUUUCAGGGCACUUCUGUGGACCCCAAUAGAAUAACACUAGAGUUUUUCCAUCCGCAUUGAACCUCUUAAAGGUUUGUCAAACUGACCCUCGAACAAUACAUGGAUGUAACACCUCUGUCAUCUGCAGCCCCUGUGUUCCCUGUGCAGCUUCCCUGCAAGUGGCCAGUGUACAAUCAACACAACAACGACCAAUAUGUCCAAAUGAGUCAUGCUGGGAAUGACAAGAUCCUGUAUAUAAUUAAAUACUAUAAAUAAGGAGUAUAAAUAUUUUUAGGCAAGUGAACCUGAAUCUGUGCAUUGUGUGCCUUAUUCACAAAAAUAAACUAGUACAUUAUAUGAUAUUGGCUAUGUCAAUUGGUCCUCUGUAUGUUAUCGUCAUAUACUAUAUAAACAUUUUAUACAAGAAAACUCAAAAUCAGCAGGAUGUAUCGAGAAAUCACCAAACCGAAGAGAUGUGGAAACAACCGACAAACAUUCCACUUUUGAAUUUUACAAAAAAGAUAGUCAAAAAGAAACAUUCAUUUUUGGGUAAGAAUCCGUUUUUCCCCUUUACUGUUGGUGUUGAAAGGAAAGGUGUUAAUCCACCACAUAGAGGUGCCAUGCGGUGAAUGUAUUUUCUUGACAGUGGGAUGUAGGGUGGUUAGACCUUGUACUGUGGGAGCAGUCGGCUCAGUGCAGCACAUCCUGCCCACAGCCAAUGUAUUAACACAGUGUUCAUGUAAAAGCCGUCUGUUGGCAUGGGGCGGCGGUCACGCAGAAUCUGUAAUUCCACGGGAUUGCAGAGACCGGAAUUGUUUCUGUUGGCCAGUAGGGACGCCUGAGGGAUCACAUCUCUUAGCAUUGGGUUCAUUAUACAGGAGACAUCUGCAAUCCUAUCCCAGUGUCAGUUGCCUGUUCAGCCCAAAGCCACAUUUUGUUUACAAGUGAUGAUUGUAUGUAAAGACUUUCUGCCUGUCAUCUAACAAGUGUUUGGGCUCUUUUUUCUACUCGACACAUGCACACUGACGAACAUACACUCAACACACACUGCUCAACUGCCUUGUACAUUGCAAUAUGAACUGGGUCUUUCUGUUGCAAUCUAAAUUGAAGCCUUUAUAUUUCAGUCUGAGCUCGGUGUGUGCAGGUGAACCGGAUUUCGUCAUGUACUUUUUGAUUUAAAUACUGUGCAACAUGGCGAUGCAAGGCCAGCUGUAUAUAUGAUCUCCAGAGUAUUUGAGCGUGUAGAUAUGUUGUAAAGUUGUACUGUGAAUGUGUAAAUAAUAAUGAUGGUCUUUGUUUCAUGAUAUUUUGUUGAUUUUUUUAACACGGCAUGUAUAGUUGAAAUAAAACAUUACAGCACAGAAAGAGCUGUCUUUAGGCUUGCUUUUUUUAUCCCGGGUUCCAUAUGUUCAGUCAUGUGUUUUGUGUAUUAGAGUGAUUUAAUGGAGCUGCAAAGAUUUAAAAAUCAGAUGCUCAGUCCUUUGUGAAUACAGCCUAAGAGCCAUGAGAUGUUUUCUGUCCCAACAACAAAUCUUGUCUGGGGGAAAUGCUGCUUGUGUCCUCGCUGAGCCCAGUGAUUUGACUAUCAGAGACAGCAAGAGUCUGCAGAAUGAUUAAGAGCCUCGGACUAUUUUUAGAGCUGGGUUGUUUUGAAGUUUGGGGCCAGCGCAGAGUCAACCACACCAGAUAGCAUGUGGGAAAGUUUCCAAAGUAGUAUGUUCCUGUAGACACCAAACAUCUGGACUAACUACUGCUUACUGCAUGAGAUCAGAGCCACCAAUGAGCUGUGUAAGGACCAACACACAAACACACACAAACACACAUGCAUGCACUCAGAAAGACGCAGCAUAAACAUCCAUUGCAUGGUGACACGCACAGAUGGGACUGUGAUAAGAUUAGCUUCCAGCAACAAAGAAAGAAGGAGUGAUGGUUAGAUGAAGGAUAAUCACUUUUAUGUUUCCCAUCGCCAGAAUGAAAAGAAGUUCAACUGCCUACUGGAUGUGUUUAUAAGUGCCGUAUAGAAAUCAUGUACCAUUUACAUAAAUAAGGCAACAAACCAAAAAUACAGCUGCAAGAAAAAGAGCGUUGUGGGGUUUAAAUAUGAUGUGAAAAAUGCAGACGCAUGGGUCCGAUUCUCUCCAAUCACAAACACAUGUUUCACAGUGCCUUAGCGGUCGGAGACUCCACACCACAUUACAGCAACAUCUCAGGCUGAAGCCCACCAGGACUUUUGUUGCAUGUCACCCUUCAUCUUUCUCCUUCCUACAUUUCCUGUUUGCCUUUUCACAGCCAUCUAUCAAAUACAGCAAAGAUGUCAGAAAACAUGAUCACAAACAGCUUUCCCCUAUUGUAGACUUACAUUUCUGACAUAGUUCCUGUGAACUCUCAGAAAAAAGCCCAGGCCAGUGACCAUGGAAACUCUUCAAAGUCAAAUAUUGAGAUAGAAAGAGGAAAAGGAGGUUUCAUCCCACUAAUCUGAACAUAAAGACGGAGAGCAGGAGGGCUCUGAGAGCAACACUCCUACUUUUUUGGAGUGAGGUUUUGGAGCCCUUUGGCUCUUUGACCGGGAGGCUUUGUGGCUCAUCACUGCCGUCAGAAUGUUGACACAAGUGCUCCUUCAUUUGCUUUCAGCAGGACCUCCUGAAAACUCACACCUCCUAGCAACCAGCCCCCCCUCCACCACACACACACACACACACACACACACAAGGGAAACAUUCUCCCCUCUGGGUGUUCUAACGGGGGUUGGGGUGUGAUUUGGUUGGGAAUGAGGAACAACAAAGAGGCGCCUCUUGCUAUUCUGAUGUACAUCCCAUCCUCUCAAUUUAUCAGAUGGUCUCUUUGAAUUAGUGGAGGCAAAUCAAACACAGCCAGUUAUUCUGUCGCUGUUUCAUUCACUGCUCCGUCCGCCUGGCCACACUUAGACUCAUUACCAGCACUGACUGUUCCCAGACAAAAAGCAUGCGUUUGUUGUCAUGCAGACAUGUCUUUUUGUGUCCUCGGUGUGCAUGCAUGUGUUUAUCCCACUUCACAAGGGACGGAGAAAGCAGAUGCUAAAAAAAAAAUCUUUUGGUUAAGAGUAAGUGGAACAAGGUCACCCAUCUAGAUGAAGGAAGAUGAAAGUAAAUUGCUUAAUAUGAGAGAAGAUUAAAAUGUGCUCAGGAAACUGCACCACGUGCACAAAACACUCAAGAAGCACACUGACACACACAGCACAUUUCGCCCAUGCUAACACAGAGAGAGGUAUCUGGUCUGUUUCUCUGCAGCAUCUCUGCAGAAAUUUGAGGAUAGUGAUUAGAGUGAAAAUCGUCCAUCUCUACUCCUUCCUGUCCUCCUUUCUUAAAAGCCUGGAGGUGAAACCAGCAAUUACAUUUACAAGCCUCAGUCAUGGAAAGGUGCUUAAAAGGGCUUCUUUGUGGGCUUUAGCAAGUACAUUUGCGCACUCUCUCUGAUGCAUUAAAGUCUGGCAGUGUCCGGGUAAUGCUUCAUUUGAAAGUGGAAUUAAAUGACAGGGAAGAAGUCGAAAUUUCUCAGAGUGAUUGGGGAAAAAAAAAAAGUUUUUGACGCUUUUGCAGUGCAGCCUCUGCAGCCAGGGAAAGCCAUCACGGUAAUCCCUAUGCCAAGCACCCUCACAUUGACAGUUGGUUAAUGGCACGCAUUGCUUUGAAAAGUGACUUAAAAGGCAGGCAAGGAAAGCAAAGAAGAGAAGGGGAUUGUAGAAAAAUGAGGAAUGGAGGUGCUGACAGGUAGGGAGUACUUUUUGCUGUUCUUUUAUGAGUUCAAACCAGCAUUUCAGCUGUGAAUAAACUGUAAACAAAAAUCUUAAUGAGAGAAUAAAGUACAGUCAGGGACUUCUCAUAGUUCACCCUCACUGAGUUGCAGUCAAGCUCAACAACCGACAAAGUAAGGGAAAUGGCGGGAGAGAAGGCACCUGAGAUUUUUAUUCAUUGCUCUGUUAUAUAACAGCUUCCAAGAUUUCCCUGAAGUGAAUGGCGGCUGCGUUCCCAGUUAACCUUCAGAAAUGACAUGACAACCUUUUUUUAUGGCUUCAUCUGCAAUGCAACCUGUGUUUUAUCUGCAGACAUUAUUAUCAAGCAGGAAUGUGACAUUACUUGUGCUGAGACUGCAAGGAAAACAGUUUUAUUAUUAUCUUAGCGUGAGGACCUCAAGCUAUUACCAGAAAUGUAGAACGUCAAUGAUAACCUCAUCAUGUCUUUUAACUGUAAAAGUAAAGGUAUGGAAGUGAUAAAACGCUGAAAUGUAAUUGGAAAUUGUGCAAAGACAGCAACUUGAAACUGGUAUAUUUUAAAUAAAGUUGAUGCCAGCAAACUUUUCAAAAGAGUUGGGACAGGAGCAACAAAACACUGGAAAAGUCAAAGCUAAGAACAGCAGGAGCAGAAUCUCCCAACUAAUUACAUUUUUAUGCAACAGGUUAGUAACAUGCUUGGAUAUGAAAGGAGCUCAACAGACAGGCUGCCACUCAGCAUGUUUGCUGUUGGCAUUACGGCAUAUACAAAAAUUUAUGAAUUCCAGCUGUCAAUCAUUUAGUAACCAACCUUGACCCCUAAAUUGUUAGAAGAUAUACACUUCAGCCUCUUAGACAAUAACAUAAACAAUAAGGUUACAUCUUAUUGACUGUGGAAGACUUCAUGAGAAAAUAAAGGCCUGUCUCUUAUUGAAGCCUGCCCUGAAUGAAGGCAGGAUGAGGUUGCCAGUUGAAACACAUUAAAGCCCAGCCUACUUUUUGAAGUUUUACAGGGUAAUGUUUUGAGAGAUCCUGAACUAGUUCCAACCAGUUUGACCCAUCAACAGCAUUUGCCUUCUUUCUUAACAGCCCUAUGUUGAUGCCUUUCACUUAGUUCUUGCAUAAUAAUGACAAAACAUAUCACAAGAGGCAGCAUGAACAAGGAGCGGUGAAAUAAUUACUGAAGAAGAAGAGGAAGAGGAUGAACUUUAUUGAUCCCUGAAGGGAAAUUCAAUAGUUAAUCUACUCGCUUUGUGAGACCGGUGUUUUUUCUGAAAAUAAACUUCUGCAACAUCCUUGGGUUUUUCCAUCCCACAGCAAGGAUGAGUUUAUUUUCAGAGACCAGAUGUAAUCACUCACAAAUGAAGGUAAUUUAGAUUAAUUUUGUAUAAAUGUUAGUCCAACAGAUAUACUAGAUAGAGGCUGUCAUCUUUGAUUUGGUCUUUUGACCUGUGAUCAGCUGACCUUUAGCGGUGCAGUCAGAAACUUGGCUUCACUUUCUCAACAGAGCAGAGAAGAUAAUGAAGCUCAGAAUUUUCUGUUGACACAGAAAGCCUUUACAGUCCUGCUUUCUCUCAGAAUUGAUAAAGUAUUUAAUCAUCAAUGAAACUGAUACCCCCAGUUUGGCAGACAAAUAUUUUAUUAUUUAUGGCAGCCUACAAAUAUCUUUAAUAUCACUGUAAAAAAAAACACAGCUGGAAAAAAUGAUAGAAAAAGCGCCAUAAAGUAAAACUUUGUGAUCAAGAGUUUUAGGUUGAAAUUCAGAGUGGCCUGUGGUGUACCAAGUUCACAGAGGGGCUAAAGCCAUCUUUGGCUUGUUAAUAAAUCUGGAAAUCAGAGUGACAGGGUGUUAAAUCAAGAUUUGUGUCAUUUGGUAUUAACAAGGAAAGCAUCAACAGAGCAGGAGAGAGAAAGCGCCCAGAGACGUGGAUAGAAACCGUUAUAGAAGCAGCAGGAGAGAGUGAGAUGAAUAUCAGUCCAGAGUUGUUCUUUAGAAGCACAGACCCUACUCCAGCACCUGCAAGUAAAUGUACUUAUCUGUCACGUUUCAUCUGCUCACCAGAGAAUAUGUGUUUGUGUGUGAGAGAGUGGAGAGUGUGUCUGGGAAAAGAGGAGGGUGAGGUGUACAAGUUUGAGCAAGCCUAUCAAGCAAGUAUUCAUUUACUGAGACUGUAAACACCUGAACAAUUCUCUUUUACCAGGUUUAUCCUGUGUUCACUUCAGAGAUUAUCGCCACAAAGUGUCCUUUUUAUAUUUUUUUAACUCAGAUAUCUUUUUGUCUGAGUCAAAAACAACUUCAUUUUUCUUUUCUUUCCUCUUUUCUGUUUCUUUCCACGCUCUUCAUUCACCCCCUCUGAUGCUUGACUCAGGCCUUUUACAGUGUGGGUGUUCUGGGAGCCUUGUUGGUUAACCAGUGGAUUAUCCCAAUUGCUUUAUGACUAAAGCCUAGCCUGCUAUUACUCUGCUUUGUUAUUGCAGAUUCACAUCUUCCCAGACACUCACCCUGAGACACGCCCAAACACACCCUACCCCUCAGGGGCGACGAGAACAUACACAUCAGAGCUGAUGGAGCCCUCGUCACCUGCGGGAUGGCGAGCCUGGGAAAGCCCCCGACGCAGAAAUAAACACAUAUAGACCAUAGAUCUACCCUCAAGCAAACACUGUGGCUGAAUGAACAGGAUGCUGUAAUAAUCAUAAAAGUCUUUCGCCAUGUGCAGCAAUAUUUCUUCACAAAACAAAGAGGCCUUUAAUUGCUGUUUUGAAAAUCAAACAUAAACAGAUCCGAGCACAUCCCCCCUUAAAAAAGACCACGUUAAUUACUAAAACACUUUAAUGCAACUGUGUCCCAUGGAUCAGAUUAUGUGGGGCAGUUGUAAGUGCAGCAGUCUGCCUUUGUUACGCAGCUUAAUUGAACGUAGCUUGGAUCUGACGUUGGCUAACAACAUGAAGUUAGCCCUAUCCUGCAUUAGUGCCAGAGCAAAUUAAUUCUCCCUACAGAUCAAUGGGCUUAUAGUCUGUGCACAUCAGCACAGAGAGAUUUCACAGGCAGGUUGCUGUAUCAGCGGCCCAAUUUUCUGCCUCUACUUCGCUUUCGUCCUCCAACCAACCAUGUUUAUUAUGAAGAAAUCAGAUCAGCACACCUAGGCCAACACAGAGCCAACAACUCGUUCUGUUGUUUCCCUCUUUUUCAUCUGUAUUGAUGCAAACAGAAACCUAGCCUGGCUGUCCUGCUCCGAGACCAGAUCAAUACGUAAUGGGCGUCACACUGAGCAGAUGAGCCCUCUCUGACACAUCCCAUCCUUAUUGAACACUGUCUCUUUGUGUUGUUAAGGCGCAUCUCCAGUCUCCGAGUGAGCAGAGGAUUGAAAGAGGGUAGCUGGAAGGAAAAAGAAGAGUGAGGACAGAAAGUGACGGAGGGGAGAAGAUGGCACAGAAAGGAGGGAAGAGCUGAGUGCCAAGAUGUUGCACAACAACCCCUAGUCUUUCCAACAGGCAGAAUUAUCAUUCAGGGCAAAAACACAUCAACAAGCAUCCAAUACCCUGGACUCACAGGAUACAGCUUAGCACCACCCCCAUCCCCAUCAGCACAUACCCACACAAGGCCUAAAAGAGGCUUUCAGCUGUUUUCAUCUCUCUGGAUACAGCUAUAAAAAUACAUUUCAUCACAUACUGUACAUAGUUACUGUAACUCUUAAGAAACCCCCAAAAAGUUCAGGGACUAAGUUUCUGUCUAGCAACAGGCAAUUAUCAGUUUUCUUACUUUUAAAGAUGUUCAUCUUUUCAAAGUAUCAUACGCUUAAUUUGAAAUCACCUAAAGCUGAGCAAAGUUUUUACAGACACUUGAAAACUAAAAAACUGAGUGUGUUUGUCUUAAACUAGUUUCAGAUCCAGCUUCACACACUGGUCACAACUAUUUUUGUCCGAACAAACUUUCUACAUAGUUUGGUUGAGUCAGAUUAGGCAACUUUAUUUGUACAUGUCGAUAUAUUUGUUUUAUAGUAACCAAACCAGUCUCCUAAUAUGCAUAGAAUCAGCAAGGCAAGAAAAAGUGAGGACUGGAGAGUUUCUGGUGCGACUCAUUUCAAAGUUGUAUAGAUUAAAGUUUAAUUCUAACCAACAGACGAGUCUGAAGGUAACAGAAAAAAUAAUAAAAACAGAGCUUAACUUGUUGAAUGUGACCAAACAAGGAUCUGUAAGUCUGCAGGUGAACGAUGUCUGGCCGGUUUGCCCAGUUUGGCCAAUGCUAGCAGAGUUAGCACCACCAGGCUUCAGUUGACCUCACAGUUUUCCAACCACUCACCUGUGCUUUAUAUUCUCUACUCCAAUCAAGUCAAAUAUAGACAUUAAGCCCUACAUAAUCUACUAACAUCUUUAUCUCUAUUUUCUAAUUGAGCCAAACUUUGCAGAGCCGAGGUGCUGUCUGUCAUGCAGGGUAUAUAUGUGGUUAUUCAGCUCUGGGUAGUAUGGCAGUCAAGCAUUAACCAAAGCUAAAGCCCGACUAAUGGAGGUUAGCAAAGUCACAACCUAAAACAUUCAGCCAGAAUUUUAGGCCAACAACUGCAAGAAACUUUUGAUGCCUCCUGAGGCAAAGGGCAAGGGAGGGACCAGCCCAUCCAAACAAAAUUCAUUAGGUAACACUUUUAAUAUGCUUUGUUGACCUUUUAUUUACUAAGACAGCUGAAGAAAGACAGGACACUUAAGCAAAGAGCUGAAGAUGACUUGCACCAGUUUUAAUAGCAACAAGGUUUACCAAACAGAGGUUUAAGUGAUAUCAGCCACAGGAAACUCUGAUUAGUAAGAGCAAGUCAUUUGUUAUUUUUAUUCCAACAGAGUUAAUGUUUGCCUGUUGUUUUAUUUUUGCAUGACGAAUCCAAAACUGUUUUCUGAGGAGACACAUCAGCAGCAAGAUUUGAUUGAAAAGAGUUUAAGAAAAGGUUUUGGAUUUUAAAACAACAGGUUAGGCUUCCUAAACUAGACAACUAUAAUUGUGAAUUUUUAAUCAGGAAUACAGGCUUGGUGUAGUCAUCUACAGCAUAAGAUCUGUAGAUAUUCUUUUCUGUGAUCAAAUGUAGUCCUGCAUGCCAUUUCAGCACAGGGAAACUGUUCUCAGUCUGAACUACCUGCCAUCAUCAUUCUUUUCAUGCUAAAUCUUCUUGCAUCAAGUGCUUUUAAAACCAACUUCAUGUUGAGAAAAUGGUCAAGAGAACCUUUAGUUCCUGACAGUCUGCCCUUGAGUGCUCAUUUUACAAUACAGGCUGGUCAGAGAGCUAGCCUUAGCCUAGCGGUCACCGCACUGCAUGACGCAGAAAAUAAAAAGGCUGUCGUCUGGCCUAAGGAGCACUUCAAAAAGCUCAGAGCAGUGUGAGCUAUUGCACAAAUGACACACACACAGACACACUCAGGGGGCCCAUGGCUUGUGAGUCUGUGUGCACUUUGUACAUGUAUGCGGCUGCAGAGGUGCACGUGUUAUUGCGUGCGCUUUUGCAUGUGUGUUUAUAUGUGUGUGCUGGGUGAGGGGAGGCCUAUUAAAAAGCUGCCUGAGGAGAGGGCUUCCAGAUGGGAGUCUAUGGGGGGCAGAGAGGAUGGCAGGGCCAUUGUGUGUCAGAGUUCCAUCCUGAGAGCUGGAAUUAGAGCCUUUCUCCUCUGCUCGGCUGGAAGACUCUGUACCGCCACUCUGUACGACCCCGUGUUUAAUUAGAGCAGCACUGGAGGGACAGCAGAGAGAGGGGAGGAGAAGGAGGAACACGCAUGAUGGAAAUAAGAAGAGAAAUAUGAAGGAGAAAAAAAACCUUGGGGGAAAUAGGGGGAAAUUGGAUUCACACCGUUCGACAAUGCUGUGCAAUUCUGAUUGGAAGUGUAAUGAGAUGUAUCAUAACGGCAUGAUGUGAAAUAUGAUAAAGGUUAGACCUGGUGUCAUCUCUGCAGCAUGCCACAGAUUGGAAAUCAGAAACAGUUUUCCUUUUGCCAAGAUGUACACACGCAAUAAUUCUGUCUUGGUGUUUUAGCUGCAUGCUGUUAAAUAUGUACAACCCCAUCGCCAAAAAUAACUGGCACCCUGUGUCAAAUUUAAAUAGAGAUGGAAUGUACUGAAUUGCAAAACAAUGAUUUGUUUGAGAACAGCAGAGAGAAAACAUGUCAAAUAUUGAAAACCGAGAUGUUUGAUUUUUUUUUUAUUGUUUGAAAAAUGAUUUUCCUGUUUUGGGUUUAAUGCUGGCAAUAUGAGCCUAAAAAAAGUUCUGCCAGGGUUAUGUUUAAUUUUUAUAUUUCUUUGUCUCGUAAGCCUCUGGGAACCAUUUGCAGUAAUUUUUUGAGCGACAGGUUUUUGCUCGAUGUAAACUUUCAGCUAUUUGACAGUUCAGGGGUCAUUUUGAUGUAUUUGAUUCUUUAACUGCAACAUUUUCAAACAACUUAUGAGUCUGAAAUGCGUGCUGACCAGUUUAUCCAGCUAAUUUUCUAUUAUGCUGCCAUGCUUUUACCAUACUUUAAAGGGAGCGUCCUUCUCUGAUACGUAAGUUGUCUAAAUGUUGCUUCAAAAAGAAUGUAUCUGGACUUGCUCUAUAAAUGACUCCCUCUCUGGUUUUUGGUGCUCCUGAGCAAAUACAGUGAUUUUCACUACAGAGCCAUGUCCGUUUGUAACGUGUUUGUCUGAGAGUGUGAUGACUGUGGGCUUGAGCCUCUUUCUUUUUUAAUCGUAAAACUGUAAAGUUGUUUUUGUCAGAUAAGUCUUUCACAGAGGCGUGUAUCUCUACCCAAAUUCCAACCCCAUUUUAAGCUCUGCCUCUCUGGGAUGCUCUAUUUACACCAAACCGUGUUGGAAACUUUAACAUCAAUUUCCAGAUGUUCCUUUAGGUGUAUUAUUUAAACAUUUCACAACUUUUCUAGAUUAUUUUUUAAAAAAUAUCAUGCCAGCAUUAGAUGUCAAAUGGGCUUAUCACUCUGCCAGAAACAACAUUUUCAGUUUCAACACUUGAUUUGUCGUCCAUGCAAUCCUGUUGAGGUCUAACUAAAAAACAUAUUUGAUAUAUAAAAGGGCCUUAUCCUCUGUACAUUCACUAUACAGGAAUAUAGUAUAAAAUGCUACUGAACUUUCCAGAAAUUUGUUUAACUUUGAGUUCAAUUAGCAUCCUCUCUUUCAGAUCUCCUCCCUUGUAAACACUGUGAAAGAAGAGUGUGAUCUGCCUCUGUGGAGGUUAUAGUACAAUCAAAUCAUGUAAACAAAUGUUAAUGGAUGAUAAUGAAUGUGAGCAUUAUCUAUAAUUGAGUGGCCAUUAGCAUCAAUGGCUGUUUUUUUUUUAAUCCAUCGCAUUACAAACCAACAAAACAUCAAUGUCUAAAUAAACAAAUGAUCGAGUGAGUACAUCUAUCAGUGGUUGGCUUACUAAAUGGAUAAAUGAGAGAGAUAAACACAGGCUGUUGUCUUUCUGCAGAUGAUCUAUCCGUUUAGGCUUGUGAGGUUCAUUUAUGCUAAAUGGGUUGAUUGUUAUGGGAGGUAAACAAUGUGUCAGGCUUUAUUCCAGAAAAACUAAUUCCACUUAGCAGUUAAUGCAAUUAAGGGCUGCUGGUAAAAGGGGAUUGUCUUAAAAGGAGCCGCUUGUUUAUUAACUGGCAUGGGUGUCCUACUUAAAAGGCUGAUAAUGCACGGUGCCAGUGUUGUGCAUGCAGUGUAGGUGCAUGUUUGCUUUGUGUGUGUGCGUGUGUGUAACUCC